AUGCAGAGCCAGAAUGACUACCUGAGGCAAUCGCUCCCAAGGCAGGAAUCAUAUCUGCAUCACCUCCUGGAUCGAGAAGCUCCUCCAGAAGAUAGGAGAUCUGUUGUCUGCAACCAGGAUGGGGUCUACAAAUGUCAAGAUUGUCUUGGGGAGCCACUCUAUUGCACGGGAUGUUGCAGAAGUCAACAUCAUCGCAAUCUUUUCCACUGGAUCAGUCAAUAG